AUGGCUGCUAAAGAGGAACUUUACGCCAAAGUGACACCGCGAAGACAGCGCCAGACCCGGGCAGGCACCGUCAAACAUGGGUCAACUCUGGACGUGCUGCUUUCAAUGGGCUUCCCUAAAACCAGGGCAUUGAAAGCUUUGGUUUCAACAGGAGGGAAAAAUGUCCAGGCAGCUUGUGACUGGCUCUUUUCCCAUGUGGACGACCCCUUCCUGGAUGACCCCCUGCCCAGAGAGUAUGUGUUGUAUCUGCGACCCAGCGGUCCACUGCUACAGCAGCUUUCGCUCUUCUGGCAGCAAUCUCGCCUCUCGUGCGGCAAGAACAAGGCACACAACAUCUUCCCCCACAUAACGCUCUGCCAAUUUUUCAUGUGUGCCGACGGGAAGGUGGAGGCACUGUCAGAUGCCCUCCAAACCACUGUGGCAAAGUGGAAAGGAAAGAUUCCCAUGCCUCUUCCCCUGGAGUUGUACACUUCCUCUACCUUUAUUGGCCUCUUUGUGGAAGAGCAAGUGGCAGAACUGCUGAAGGGUUUUGCAGCUGAUUUUGCCAAUGAAGCUGAAACUAAAGCAGAUGUGCAUGUUGAGCACCAUAAGAAGCAACUGCAUGUUACAUUGGCGUACCAUUUCCAAAGCAGCCAUCUUCCAGUUCUGGAAAAACUGGCCAAGAACGUGGACGUUUCAUCAGGCUGUGACUGGCUGGCUGUGCUCUUCUCCCGGGAUAUUCGCUUUGCUAAUCAUGAGACACUGCAAGUGAUGUACCCUUACGUGCCUCAAAAUGAUGAUGAGCUUGAGCUAGUGAUUGGAGAUUUCAUCUUCAUGUCACCUAUGGAGCAAAGCAAUGCUAGCGAGGGCUGGGUCUACGGAACGUCUCUGGGCACGGGGUUGUCCGGCUUGCUGCCUGAAAACUAUGUCAACCGCGCUGAUGAGUCAGACACUUGGGUGGUUCAUGGGUCUCAUUCUAUUCUCAACUACACCUCUCUGUCUAAUGCUGGGAGCACCGUGGGUGGGUUACUGUUUGAUGAACAGCCCACUGACAGUCUGCUUGAUAGUCUGGUGGAUCCUCCCAGCCUUGCUGGUCUCUGUCCUCCCAUGCAGGUGACACGGCCAGCUGGUCAGUCCUCCUCAUCCAAGAUGCGAUUGUUUGUGUGUCGGCACGGGGAGAGGAUGGAUGUUGUGUUCGGAAAACAUUGGGUCACUCAGUGCUUUGACGCCAAAGGUCGAUACGUUCGCUCAAAUCUCAACAUGCCAUCCAGCCUGCCAACCAGAAGCGGCGGUCACCGGGACUAUGAUAAAGAUUGUCCAAUUACUGUGUUUGGCUCCUCCCAAGCACGUCUUGUAGGUGAAGCCUUGUUGGAAAGCCACACCACAAUAGACUUUGUUUACUGCUCUCCUUCACUUCGGUGUGUCCAGACCGCUCAGCAUAUUCUGCAGGGUCUCCAACAAGAGGGAAAGACAAAAAUCCGUGUGGAGCCUGGACUUUUUGAAUGGACCAAGUGGGUUUCAGGCACCUGUUUACCUACUUGGAUCCCUCCGACAGAGCUGGCUACUGCUAAUCUGAGUGUGGAUACAACUUACAGACCUCAUGUUCCCAUUAACAAGCUAGUGGUGUCUGAGUCCUAUGACACCUACAUCAGUCGGAGCUUUCAAGUGACUCGUGAAAUCCUAUCAGAGUGCAAGAAUAUGGGAAACAAGGUCCUGAUUGUGGCCCAUGCUUCUUCCCUGGAGGCCUGCACUCGCCAAAUACAAGGACUCAGCCCACAAAACUCCAAGGACUUCGUCCAAGUUGUGCGAAAGAUUCCCUACUUGGGAUUUUGUGCUUGUGAAGAAAUGGGCGAGACGGGGGUGUGGCAGCUGGUUGACCCACCUAUCCUGCCUUUAACACAUGGACCCAAUCAUAGCUUCAACUGGAGGCAAAUGCUAAUGCAAGACUGA